AUGCAGCCUGAAGGUGUCUCAUGCAAAAUCGGUCGGAGUGUGAAGGGGAAGCUUCGAAGGCUGCACUUCAAGAAUCUCUACUCGCGACUUGCUUCUCUCCUCCCACCUCUUGCCUCCCAGGAGAAAUUGACUUUACCUGCUCUAGUGGAGCAAUCUUUUGUUUAUGUGAAAGAUCUUAAGAAAAGGAUAGAUGAGCUGAACGCAAAAAAGGAAGAGCUGAAAGAAGAUUUGGUGCUACCAGCCAUUGAGAUGAGUGAAAAGGGUCCAAUUCUUGAAGUGAAUUUGGUUACCAGCUUGAAGAAGGGCUUCACGUUGUAUGAAGUCAUCAGCAUUCUUGAGGAAGAAGGUGCUCAAGUACUGAGCGCAAACUAUUCAACUUCGAAAAACAGGAUCUUCUAUACAAUUUCUUCCCAGGCAUACUCUUCGAGAAUCGGUAUAGAGACUUCAAGAGUGUACCAGAGGUUGAAGACACUAUCAGCUGCAGGAUUUGCUUCUCCAGCCCUAGGGGGAACUCUGUGCCCACUGCAAUUUGAAGGAUGA